AUGGCAGCUCAGGCGACAGACAAGCUCCAAGGUCUGGACCUGAAUGGUCAAAACGGUGCCAAGGCCGAGACCCCCGCGGCUAGCCAGGCCACCCCGGCCGAGGCGGAGGACGAUUCUGAUGACGACCAAGAGGAAGGCGAGGGUGCCGCAGAUGCUGGCGCUUCUGGAGCCGCGAAAAAGAAGAAGAAGCGCAAGUCCAAGAAGAAGAAGAAGGGUGGCGCCAAGGUUCAGAGCGAGCCUCCUCGCGUCCCCGUCUCAAAUCUCUUCCCCAAUAACCAAUACCCCGAGGGUGAGAUCUGCGAGUACCUGAACGACAAUGCCUACCGUACCACCAACGAAGAGAAGCGCUACCUCGACCGCAUGAACAACGACUUCCUGAACGAGUACCGUCAAGGUGCCGAAAUUCACCGUCAAGUCCGUCAAUAUGCGCAGAAGAACAUCCGACCUGGUCAGACCCUCACCGAGAUCGCGGAAGGAAUUGAAGACUCUGUGCGUGCUUUGACUGGCCACCAAGGCCUGGAAGAAGGCGACAACCUCAAGGGUGGCAUGGGUUUCCCUUGCGGUCUCAGCAUCAAUCACUGCGCCGCUCACUACACCCCCAACGCCGGUAACAAGAUGGUUCUGAAUGAGGGAGAUGUGAUGAAGGUCGAUUUCGGUGCUCAGCUCAACGGUCGCAUUGUGGACAGUGCCUUUACCAUGACAUUUGACCCGGUCUACGACCCGCUUCUGGCAGCUGUCAAGGACGCCACCAACACUGGUAUUCGGGAAGCUGGAAUCGAUGUCCGCAUGAGCGAUAUAGGUGCUGCCAUUCAAGAGGCCAUGGAGAGCUACGAAGUUGAGCUCAACGGUCAAAUGCACCCCGUUAAGUGUAUUCGCAAUCUCAACGGUCAUAACAUUGAGCAGCACGUCAUCCACGGUGGCAAGAGUGUGCCCAUUGUCAAGAGCAGCAACGACCAGACCAAGAUGGAGGAGGGUGAAACCUUCGCCAUUGAGACUUUCGGUAGUACCGGAAAGGGUUACGUCCGGGAGGAUAUGGAGUGCUCCCACUACGCGCUUACUCCUGACGCACCCAACGUCCCUCUACGUCUCUCGUCCGCUAAGAAUUUGUUGAGUGUCAUUAACAAGAACUUCGGUACUUUGCCUUGGUGCCGUCGUUAUCUUGACCGUCUUGGUCAGGAUAAGUAUCUCCUUGGGUUGAACAACCUGGUGCAGGCUGGAAUUGUCCAGGACUACCCGCCCCUUUGUGACGUUAAGGGCUCAUACACCGCUCAAUUUGAACAUACUAUCCUACUCCGUCCCAAUGUGAAGGAGGUCAUUAGCCGCGGUGACGACUACUAA